UUUCAUCAGGUCAAAGGUCAAAGGAGGUUGGGAGAAGUAGAGCCUUGGUUUCAUUCUUUCAUCUCUAAGUCCAGACGGACGGAUGGAUGUCAGAUUUUCUCUCUGAUCCUGUUCUUUCAUGAAACGUUUUCCAGUUUUUUGAGCUAAUUUAAAUCAGUUUGUGUCUAAUCUGGAGAUUAAAGCAGUUUCCUGUAAUCCCAUCUAAGCUCCGCUCCUUUCUUCUUCUUCUCUGCUGACAGAAACAAACUUCCUCACUCCGUUAGAAGAGCUCCUGAGGUUUAAAUCUGUUUUCAUCAUCGGUUAACUCAGCUUUAAUCGCCCGCAAACAGCCGCACAUCCGCCACCGGAGCGCCGCAGCUCCAGCCUGAUGAGUCGCCAUGGUGACCUCAGGACCACAUGAAGGGAAAACCACACACGCCUUCAAACGCAGCAGCGCUACCUGCCCGGCUCCCCAGGUGUGUUUUAAUCUCUCUGCGGUCUCUAUGGUGUCGGGUUUCAAACGGCCGCCUCACCUGAGGCCUUCCAGGAAGGAAACGAAGGCGGCGCUGUCCCGCCGACUGAUGCGGUCGAGCUUCAAACGCCACGCCAGACUUCUGAGGCUCUGCAGGCUCAGCGGAGACGGAUCAGAGGCAGCACGGCGCUAUAAAACCCCACGGCUCCUGAAGGCAGCGCAGCACUCACCUGGCUGGCUGGGAGAAAGGAAGAGGAGAAGAUCCUGAGGAAGAGGAGUGAUUUCAGAGGAAGGGUGGAUUGAUGGAUCGCAGGAUGUGGAUCUAUCGCAGCUUCCUGUGUGCUUCGCUGGUCUGUGGUUUGGCGCUGGACUCCAACACCAUCCGGUCGUCCAAAGAGGCGGCGCUGCAGAACGCCGAGCAGCCGAGGGGAGGCUGCAGUAACAGAGCUCAGAGGAGACACUCCAACACCGACCGACAGCUGGACCGACACCAAGUCAAAGACAGAAUCACAGACAGCUUCAACAGAACCAAAGAGAUAUCGAGCUGCGUCCGAUCCGGGGACUGUGCCGCCGGCCUCUGCUGCGUCCGGUACCUGACCUGGAAGCGGUGCCAGAAGAUCCCGCUGGAGGGCGAGGCCUGCCAGCUGUGGGGCGCCACCAAGCGCCACCGCAACCUGGGCCGCUGCAACUGCGCCGCCGGGCUGGCGUGCGCCGCGGCAGGCGGCGCAGAUCAGGCCAGCAGCAAGCGGCAGGGAGUCUGCAUGGUCCGGUCCGGACCGGCCCAGAGGAAGACCAGGCACUCCGGCCGGAAGAAGAAGAGGACGGCGGAGCGAAGCUGCUGAAGGAACUGAGCCAGGGAUGGGGUCCAAACUGGCCUGGGGGCCGUGACCGGGCCCUCCAUUCAACCUUAUGGACACGUUCUUCUUCUCCCCUUUAGGGAAAACCCAAUAAACGUUCAUGUGAGCGGCUCAAAAACUGGAUCAGAACUCAGAGUGGACCCAAACACCUGAUCCGGUUCAUCUCCCAGACUCAACAUGGCAACCUGCUGCAGGCUAUCUGGGCCAAUAUGGCAACCCGCUCCAGGCAGCCUGGUCCAACAUGGCAACCUGCUGUCUGGUCCAAACUGAAAACCUGUCAGUGUUUAAAUCAACCAGAUCUUUUCUUCCUAUCAGAACCAGAACCACCCAAGAUUCAGAAUCUGAGUUACUUAAAAAUCCAGAUUCUUCUGUUUGGGUCGAGCUGAACCAGAACCUUUUGGUUCCAGACAGGACUGGCCUUCUGUUUCCAGUUAGCAUAAAGUUAAGAUGUUCUGAUCCAGAUUAAACACAGCGGUUCUGUUCUGUUCAGCAGAACGGCUUCGCUCCAACAUCGUCCCGGUUCUGGUUUUGUUGACCUGUGAAUCUGCCGAUCGGACCCAGAAAGGAAACCAGAACCAGAACCUCGGGUCCAGGCUGAAACUGUGGAGGAAAUGGUUCUAAAACCACCGACCAGAACUCAGCUGGGGGUCAAAGGUCAAAUAAACUGUGAGAACGUUCAUCCCGGUUUCAGAUGAACGAAUCAAGGUUCUGGUGGUACCAGAGAUACUUUCCUGUCAUUCAGAGGUCAAAGGUCACCUGUAAAUAUAGAAAUGACUCGCAUCGUCCUGUUGAUAUUUUUCUGA